UUAAUUACAAUAUUUUUUUAAUUAACAUAAAACAUUUGUUUCUGUAUUUACACUUCUAUAAAUGAUCAGUCUAAGUACUAAGCAUUAUAGCCAUCCCAAGUCCCAGUCCAGACCUAUAGGUGGUGCUAAUUCGCAUCGAUGUUGUCAACAGAGGUGAAACACUAACUCUCCUCCGCGCCGCUAGCGGGCGCUCUUCUGUAGAAACGUCACCGGAAGCUCGUGACCAGAAGCGACAACAAAAGAGCCUGACUUUAGGAAGCAGCCAUUAAUCCAACGAAAUUCAUAUAUUUUGCGGCACAAAUUGUGUUGUUUGCACUACUACAUUGAGUUGACAUUUUAUUUAUUGGUAAAAUGGGAAGAAGCCGGAGUCGAUCUCCUCCAAGACGAGCAGAGAGACGGCGUUCCCGCUCAGCUUCCCGGGAACGUGAGCGGAAGCGAAGGGAAAGGGAACGCUCUCGUUCUCGAGAUCGGGAUCGAGAGCGUCGGAGAAGCCGCUCACGAUCUCCUCACAGGAGACGUUCAAGCAGGUCUCCCCCCCGACGCCAUCGCUCCUCCUCCUCCCCCUCUGAGGAGCGCAAAGAUUCUAAGGAAAAGUCAGCGAAGCCCAUCACGAUCUCAGCGGAAGACAUGGAGGGCAAAACAGAAGAGGAAAUUGAGAUGAUGAAACUGAUGGGAUUUGGUUCCUUUGAGACCAGCAAGGGGAGGAAAACUGAUGGAUCAGUCAAUGCGUUUGCUAUCAAUGUGAGCAUGAAGAGAAAAUACAGGCAGUAUAUGAACAGAAAAGGUGGGUUCAACAGACCACUGGACUUCAUUGCCUGAAAGUGUCAACGACUCAUUCUGAUACCCGAGAAGCUCCGUUCUCCUCUCCAUGGUAGUUGUAUUGAUAUAUACAACUACCAUCACAUGAUAUUGUGUUAUUUCAAACCUGUUUUGUGUUAUGCAACAAUUGUGUAUAUACUUUCCUCCUUUUUUUUGAAGAAGUUAGUCACCUACCAAUACUCAGCUUUGUCGGAAAAUGGACUGGAGUAACAAUGCCGUUGGCUUUGUGUUCUUGAGGUGUGUGUGUUUGGAGUUUUAUUUGAAAUAAAAAUAAUUUUAAAAAUG